AUGGAUGUAUUGAGCACUAUUUUAACAGUGAGAAUAUUAUAUUAUUCUACAUGUGGUGGACAAGGAGCAGGCGGACAAGGUGGUAGACAAGGAGGAGGCGUACAAGGUGGUAGACAAGGAGAAGGCGGACAAAGUGGUAGACAAGGAGGAGGCGUACAAGGUGCUGGACAAGGAGCAGGCGGACAAGGUGGUAGACAAGGAGGAGGCGUACAAGGUGGUAGACAAGAAGGAGGCGUACAAGGUGGUAGACAAGGAGGAGGCGGACAAAGUGGUAGACAAGGAGGUGGACAAGGAGGUGGCGGACAAGGUGGUGGUAAAUCAGUGCCUUCAAACAUUCAGGGGUCUGAACAGAAAUUCCACAACAUGUCAUUACGUGUCUGCAGUUCGUCGUGUAAGCAUUGA